CUUGGUACAUCUAAAGGUCGAAACUCGAAAAGAAAAGUGGCAAAUCUUCCUACUCAGAAGACUACAUCUGAAUCGAAUAAGCCAGACAUCAUCUAUAACAGCUUAUCGACGUAUCUACUACCGAUCGUGAUCAACAACAAACCUGAGCUGGGCCGACCACAAUUAGAGCCAGCAACCACUAAGAGGUACUCGGCUACGGGAGUUGAAGUCGUGCUGAUGGGCCAUUUCACCGCCCGAGUACGUUACGCUGGAAGGCUUUUCCUGUUGCCCCUGACAGUGUCGAAUCGAACGGACACCCGUAAUUUGAUGGGCAGGAGAUGGUUCCCGAUUCUUCACUUGGAUUGGAACCGAAUCUUUCAUUGCAUCCCGACUGCUCAUUUCAUGAAGAAACAAACCGAAAAUGAACGUCAGCUAGCCCUGGAAACGACUAAAAGAACCUGCCCUUUUUACGUUCACGUUAAAGUCGAAGGCGUAAAUCUGCGAAUGUUGCUGGACACGGGAGCCACGCAGUCGAAAAUCACUGUUUCCCAGUGGCAAUUGAUAGGCAAGCCCCGACUCCAACCGACCAGUAUUAUCAUUCACGAUACCGCCAACAACGUUAUGCCGCUCGUUGGUCGAUGCAUAAUCAAUGCCGAAUAUAAUGGCCAACGUGGACUUCUUCCGCUUUUGGUUUCGGGCGGAGCCAACGGAUAUGCAGUUAUAGGAACGGAUUGGUUUAAAACAAUUCGAUUUGACUUUAAUAACAUUUUCGAAACCAUGACCUUCCAACAAGCACCUAAAUCAUCAGCUGGUCAAACGUUUGAACCACAAAAGUGUCAGAUGCUUUCGUCGCCCUGCGCUCAAUAUCCACCGGAGUCCGAUCAAAGUCCUAACGCUGACGCUGAGACUAAAGGAAGAAUAGAAAUGGAGAAGGUGACUUUACUUGAUUAAAUUUCGUUCUGUUUCGUACUGAUAAAGUGAGGAAAACUGCUCAAUUCAACAUUGACCAGUUCUAAAUGAUAAUACAAAAAAUUCGAUAAAA